GCCAACUUUAUCGUUUUUAGCGGCUGACUAUGAUUCAUCCUUUUUUUGACACUGUCGAUCUGUCUUCAAGUUCAAGAGUGACAUCAUGCAUCAAUCUCAGCAACGUUCUCAACGGCCUGGCAAAUUACAGCGCCGGUCCCAAAUAUCCACAAAUCAGGCCCGGCAUCGUGAAACCAUUCUUACAACACGACUGGUCCAAGCCCUCCAACGGAACAAAGGCCUUUCCCCCGAGAGCAUCGACUGGCCGAAGAGUAUCAUCCAAAAACCACUGAUGUCCUCAACAACAGAACGUCUGCACGAUUCCAAUGGCCCACAAGACCAAGACCCCCGCGGAUAUCAGGAUGUUGAAUCCGUGUCAAUGUCUUCGGCGUUCCAAAAGCCUCCCAGCGUUUGGUUUUGCCACAUGAUUGCUGUCGAACGUGCUGUUGCCGAGAUAGAAGAGGCGAACGAGAAGCAUUUCAAAGCCACUACAUUUCUACUUGACCAGUUGGAAUCCAAGUUGACCAUACUUGCUGUUGCCGUCGAAGACACGGCGACCCUGACGCCAAUUUGCGGGGCUCAUCAUUGGCCCAAUCAAAAUUGAGUCUGCCCUUCCAUUGGCCAAUCAAAAUUUGACUGAUUGCUUUGGGAUGAGCCCUGCCAAUUUGGGAUGGAAUGACUGAAUGGGACCAACAGGCGCGACAGAAGCAAAGCAUGCAUCUAACCAGUGCUUCGUUUGUUGUUGUUCAAGCUGGGACGCGGUAUUGCGUGUACGAGAUAGUUUUGUUGGGGAAUUCCUAAUGCCAAAAUAUUACGACAGUAACCCGUGGAACAAGGAAACAUCGCUUCGCAUGGCGAUUUGUGAGGCCGAGACUCCGUGGAAACAAACAAGCAGGGCGCAUGCCGACUUCCAACCGUUUUCUUUCAGUCCUCCCUUUGCCAAGCCGACCAUCGCUGGUCUUGUUUCUGAGCGUGCUUGGCCAUUCUCCGCUCGUAUGUAAUUGAGUGCCCCUGCAUUUUGGCAUCCAGUCAUCCGCAAGGGUUGGCCGUGAGCCUGAAACUUGUGGGUACUAAGGUUUACGCCGUUACCAUACUGUCGGGUCGAAGCAGGGGCGUGCGUAAGUGCCCUUCCUGCCUCUAAUGCCGAAAGAGAAAACUCGGCGGCAAGCGGGGUGAGUCGCAUAGGUAAUUGGGGUCUCAAGGGGUCUCGGAGGGUCUGAAAGGGUCUAACGUACAUGGCAGUCAGAACAAAGGCGGGAACCAGCCGGGCCUUUCAAGUCCAGAUGGAAGAAGGCUCGCUUGCAUAACGGCGGGUGGCUCGAGCCGAGCGGUCGCAAGCGAAGGUCAACGGCUUUUGACCGAGGACGCAAGCCUUGCAGAGCUGGAAAUCGAUAGAACCACUUUUCA